GGUUAAAGGCGGCGGCGGGGCCGGAAGCGGCUCGCGCCGGGGUCAGCUUCCGGUGAGGACCGGCCCCGGUGGCCGCGGCAGGUGAAGCCCUGACUUGGCAGAUGUUGCCCCGACUGACGUAGGCCCCAAGAGGCUUGGGCCAAGGAUGAGCAAACCAACAGAGCUGGAACGAAGCCUCCCAGCCAUCGCCUCCAUCAGCACCUCCCUGUCCCAGAGCCAGGGCUUCUCCCCAUACUGCUACUUCUCCCCGGAGAAGAGGAAAGCCAUCUCAGACGUGAGGAGAACCUUCUGCCUCUUCGUCACCUUCGACCUGCUCUUCAUCUCCUUGUUGUGGAUAAUCGAAUUGAACACCAAGGAGGGCAUUCAGAAGAACCUGGAGAGUGAAAUCAUCUGCUACAAGUUCAAGACCUCCUUCUUUGAUAUAUUUGUCUUGGCUUUCUUCCGCUUCGCGGUGCUGCUCCUGGCCUACGCCCUCGUCCGGCUGCGCCACUGGUGGGUCAUCGCGGUCACUACACUGGUAUCCAGUGCCUUCCUGAUCGUCAAGGUCAUCCUCUCUGAGCUUCUGACCAAAGGGGCUUUUGGCUAUUUACUUCCCAUCGUCUCCUUUGUCAUUGCUUGGCUGGAGACUUGGUUCCUGGAUUUCAAAGUCCUAUCUCAGGAAGCAGAAGAGGAACGAUGGUACCUGGCAGCUCAGGCUGCAGCUGCUCGUGGGCCCCUGCUCUACCCCAGAGCCCUUUCUGAGGGGCAGUUCUACUCCCCACCGGAGUCCUUUGCAGGGUCGGACAAUGAGUCGGACGAGGAGGGCACGGGCAGGAAGGCCUUGACAGCUCAGGAGAGAGAGUAUGUCCGGCAGGGCAGGGAUGCCAUGGAGGUUGUGGACCAAAUCCUCGCCCAGGAGGAGAACUGGAAGUUUGAGAAAAAUAAUGACUUUGGGGAUGUUGUUUACACUUUUGAAAUACCUUUCCAUGGCAAGUCCUUUAUUUUAAAGGCUUUCCUGCAGUGCUCUGCUGAAACGGUUUACCAGGAGGUUAUUCUCCAGCCUGAGAAGAUGAUCCUGUGGAACAGAACGGUGGCAGCUUGCCAGAUCUUGCAGCGGAUCGAAGACAACACCAUUGUCUCCUAUGAUGUGGCAGCUGGGGCUGCAGGGGGGGUCGUGUCCCCAAGGGAUUUUGUGAACGUGCGCCGGAUCGAGAGGAGGAGGGACAGGUACAUCUCCUCGGGGAUAUCGACCACGCACAGCCUGAAGCCUCCGCUCUCCAAGUAUGUCAGGGGUGAGAACGGGCCUGGAGGAUUCAUCAUCCUGAAAUGUCCCAGCAACCCCAGGGUCUGCACGUUCAUCUGGAUCCUCAACACAGACCUGAAGGGCCGCCUGCCCCGUUACCUGAUCCACCAGAGCUUGGCUGCCACCAUGUUCGAGUUCGCCUUCCACCUCCGGCAGCGGGUCAGCGAGCUGGCUGGCAAGCCCUGAGCAGAGGGGACCUGGACAUUGUUCUGUGGCUGAGGGGCAGCUGGGAAAGGACCCCACGACCCCCCCCCCAGCCUGGGAGAGGACACCCCAGACUAACAGUGCCCAGAGGAGGCAGGGGGUGCUCAGUUCUGUCUCCCACCACCGUUCCCCCCAACUGGGAGCGUGAAACCACUGACUUGUUCUGUGCCAAACCCCUGCCCUGCCCUCUGACCUCCCCCUGCCCCUCACCCUGGGGUUGGGGGGCUUCUCUGUGACCCCCCUCCCCCACCAGAUUCCUGUACUGCUGCUCCAGUUUCAUGAGGGGGGGGCUGGAGAUGAAGGCCACGUUGGGGUGAGGACACAGGUCUGUGUCUGCCUGUGCAGGGGACCCCUUUGUGCUGCCCAGACCCCCCCCCCACUGCUCAUGUUUCCCCAUGGGGUUCAGCUGAGCUCAUCCCCCCCCACCUGCAGCUGCGGGCGGAGGCAGAUUUGCCUUAAGCAGAGACUUUUAUCCUUUUUUUUGAAGGGGGAGGGGGGGCUGAGGGGGCGGCUGCGGCUUCUCUACCUGCGAGCGCCGGGGCCCUGUUGUGUGCCAGGAAUGGAAGCAGUUCCCAGCCCCCCACACGCGGGGGUGCAGCCGGCAGUGCUGGGGGGGGGGGGGUUGCCCACACCAGGCCCCCCUCCCCCAACCCUGGAGCACUCUGUGCCCCCCAUCCUGGGUGUCUGGUUCCCCCCUGAUGCCUCCAGAUGCCCCCUCUCAGAAUAAAAAGCCCUGUGCUCUUUGCA